GGCACGGGGAGGCGGGACAGCCCAGGCUCGGUGGGCCGGUUCAGGCCUCCUGCUGACCGCUGCAUCUUCCGCGCGCGGCUUCGUUGCUUUGGAGGGUCGUUGUGUCCAGUGACCCGCGGGCUCCAGAAAAUUUCGAAUGAGGUCAUCCCAACAUUUAGAAAUGGGGCUCUGGAACCUAGGAGCCCUGGAGAUCUGUCCUUAGGACUGAUCCAUUGCUGGCUUCUGCGUUUUCUCUUAUUUUUUCAAGUUAAGGAUCCCCUUCCUGUCUCCUCAAACGCACUACCUCCUGAGGUGCUAUGACCCCCAAGCCGUGGGGUGAGUGGAGUACAGCCCUGUCCCACCUUGCCCUGGGAGCCGUGUCUCUACAUGCUGCUUUGAGCACUGCCCAGGCAAGUCGAGGAGCCGCUGCUGGCUUCUUGCUCCAGGCCUUGGAUGCCAUGACCAUGUUAGCCCCAGGGCUGGGCACAGAUGAAGACUGUCUUGCUGGAGCUUGGGUGGCCACUGUCAUCGGCCUGCCCCUCCUGGCCUUCGAUUUUCACUGGGUGAAUGGGGACCGAUCCUCUGCCAACCUGCUUCUAGGAGGAGGCAUGGUGCUGGCGGUGGCUGGUGACCACCUUGGUGUCGAGGGCCGCUCUGUGGCUGGUCAGGCGGUGGUGCUGGUGGUGGCUGUGACCAUCCUCAUCGUGGCCGUUUUUACUACCAACAUUUAUGGGAUGUGGGGGGGUGCGAUGCUGGGAGCUGCAGGCCUCCUGAGCCGGCUGGAGGAGGACAGACUGCUGUUGCUGCCGAAAGAAGACAUCUGUCGCUGGGCCUUGGCUGUGGGCAGUUGGGCCUACCACCGGGCCCUACACGCACAGCGCCUGCAGUGGGAGUGACAGCUGGAGACCACAAGAAGGGCUUCUGCUCCUGGGUACCCUGGCUUUGGACUCCCCUCCCAAGGGUCUGCUCCUAGAGCCUCCUCCCAAGGAGACUUUCCUUCCCAAAGUAAUCUUGCAGCAUGUAGGAUAACUGGUCAAAGGGUAGUGUGGAGGCUGCCCUUCACUGAGUGGCCGAGUAGGGAUUUGCUCAGGCUGAAUGAAGGGGACAAGGGUGCAAGGCACAUUUGGGGGGCCUGGUUCUGAGAAGACCAUGAUUGUGGGAACAGAGAAACUUGGUCUCCAAUAAAUUUUAGGGUUUCAGCAGGAA